AUGGGGAGAGAAAUUGUUCUAAAGAAAUCUCCACGAGAGCCCUGCAAACAAAGUAGAUUGAUUGACCCAAAGGAUGUGUUUGAUGUGCUUCAUGGGAAUAAGGGAACAGAAGCAAUUGAAGGGAUGAUUGUAAAUUCUAACAUGUUAAAGUUAAAGAAUGUGCCUUUGAGUACUCAAGUAUUCAAAAGGAUGGUACACCCAUCAAUUGGAAGUUUGGAGAAACUUGUUGAGUUAGAUUUCAAAAGUUGCAAGAAACUCAAGUUUCUUCCAAGUAGCAUUUGCAAGUUAAAAUCACUUGAAGUUUUAUGUUUAAAAUAUUGUGAAAAACUGAGGGAGCUUCCAAUUGAGUUGGGAAAAUUAGAGCAACUUAGGGAGUUACUUGCUGGUGGAACUGCCAUCUCACAUAUACCAUUUUCUUUGGGUUGUUUGAGAAAUCUAAAGACACUGGAUCUGUGGGUGUACGAGAGUUCUAUAUUAUCAAAACCAAAAUCCCAACUUCUUGACAUUUUAUCACCUCUUUUUUUGUCAAGAACUCGUGGUUCACCUUCAGUUGUAAAUUUGUGCUCUUGGGAAGUUAUUGAGAAUUUGACCUCAUUGGUAUCUUUAGAUUUAUCAGGAAGAAGUUAUUAUCUUCAAAACUUACCUUUCGGUCUUCGUCAUCUUUCAAACCUGAAAAGUCUCUACUUGAACAAUUUCCAAAAUCUUAGAAUACUUGUAAAACUUCCUCCUAGUUUGGAGGAACUCUCUGUAGAAAAUUGUGUCUCAUUGGAAAAGAUAGCAGUUGUAUCAAACUUGAAGAGACUUAAAGUGUUAUGUCUUGGAAAUUGCAAAAGUUUGGUUGAGCUUCUGAACAUGGGGAGUCUUUCAUCCUUAGUAGACCUUGACAUAAGGAAUUGCAAUGCUUUGGCUAUUCCUGACAACUAUUUGCAUGAAGUAGAUGAUGUUCCAAUUGCUCUUAGGAGUUUGUCCUCCUCGUUGAAAGAAAUAGAUUUAAUGGGAAGAUAUUAUCUUCAAAGUUUACCAUUAAGCUUUUGCCAUCAAUAUUCCAAUUUGGAGAGACUCUACUUGGACGAUCUGCAGAAUCUUAGAUUACUUCCACAACUUCCUCCUAAUUUGGAGAUACUCUCUCUAAAGAAUUGUGUGUCAUUAGAAAAAAUAGCAGAUCUAUCCAACUUGAAAAGACUUGGACGGCUAGAUAUUCAGAACUGCAAAAGUUUGGUGGUUGAGCUUUCAGGCUUGGAGAGUCUUGAAUCCUUACAUUGUCUUGGAAUAGCAAAUUGCAGUGGUUUGAGGAUUCCUUCGAUUCAAAAGUGGUUCAAGGCAAGUUCUAAAGUUGCCUGGAUUACGCUUCGAGUGGGAGUUGGGUUUGUGUCCUGCUGUUUUCUAAAACCUUUUAAGAAUACUCUUUGA